AUGAAAGCAGAAAUAUCAUAUCAACGUGAAGUUAACUUAUUUCUUUUCCGUUGGAGCCUAGCGAAACGUCUUCUGCUACCAGGUGCUCACGCAACGAAUUCUACAGUAACCUUGAAAAAAUUAGCGAUGGCGCAACCUUUGCAACCAGUCAAAAUCAACGUUGGUGACAAGAUCCGCGAUCAGUUUAUCGUCAAGAAAAAGGUAAAACUAUCCUUGGAAAAUUUUUAGUGUUCAUGGACUACUUGGAGAGGACCCUAUAGUGGCCACUAUUUUCCGUUUUAGUGGCCACUUCAGUAGUUUUUCAUCCAGGAUUCCUUCCAGUAGCUCUGAUAAUUUCAAAACAAACAGAUUGAACCAGUUUUGUUGAUCCAUUGACCCCUAAAGUGGCCACUAAAAAACUUUAGUGGUCUAGAAGUAGCACUUAGACCUCUAUAGUGGCCACUAAUUUUUAACCCUUUAAGUGGGCACUAAUUUGAAUACUGUAGUGGCUACUAAAACGUCAAAACCCUACAGUGGCCACUCAAAAUUUUCCAAGUCCUUUUCUCUGAGUGAAGAAAGAGAAAGAGAGUACAGACAGUCAGAAAUGAAUAUUUAAUAAUUUUUUUUCAAGAUUGGCGAAGGGGCUUGCGGUCAGGUUUUUCUUGUCGAUGCUGGUGGGGUGAGAAAAUUUAUUUUUUUUUGGGAUAACAAUCUCCCAAAUUUUAUAGAACAAAGGUCGCGCGGCAAUGAAGAUCGAACCUCUAAUGAAGUGCAAAGAUGACGAGAUUCUCAAGAUGGAAAUUUUCGUAUUGAAGAAGCUGCAAAAGUGAGCGUUUUUCCUUAUUUUGAACCUGAAUUUUCGCGUUGAAAUUGAAAAAAGAGCUUUUUUCAGUUCGCGUCACGUUUGCCGUUUGCUCGGCUCAGGCAAAACGGAUACGUAUACAUUUUUAGUAAUGAGCCUUCUUGGCAAGGAGGUAGAAUAAUGAUUUCCUUCAUGAUUUGUAUUGAACUUGAGGUUGCGGACGUACGGCGACGGCUUCCCGGCCGCAAAAUGUCGGCUCCUUCCACAAUUCGCAUCUUUAUUCAAAUUACAAAGGUAAAUAUAAAAAUUGAGAAAUAUAAAAAAAAAUAAAGAAAAAGAAACUCCUCCAUGACGAAAUUCCAAGAAAAAGCCUUCAACUUCCAAUUUUAGGGCCUCCAAGACAUUCACGAAGCCGGAUUCGUUCAUCGCGAUGUUAAACCGAGCAACAUGGCUAUGGGACUCAAAAAUGAACAAGUUCUACUCUCGAAUGUUUCAUAUGAACGAGGAAAAAACCCUACAGGUCGUCUACGUUUUCGAUUUCGGCUUGGCUCGCCAAAUAAUGAUUAACGAGGGCGGCAAAUUGAAGUUGCGCGAACCCAGAAGCAAGGUUUUGUCAUUUUUAUGGGUUCUGCAGAAAUAUAUUUGCAAAAUAAGAAGUGAAAAAUGAAAAAAAAAUUCCGACAGAGAAAAAUUGGAACACUUUCGCUCCACGGUACUUUUUGGCGAGUCUCUUCAGGGAAAUUCUUAAUUUUUGUCUUCUUUAUUUCUUUUCGUUUGUUUUUCGUGUAGAAUCAUGUUUUCCUGAUCUUUUUCUAUUUAUAAAACAUAUACAGCUUUUUAAAAACUGUAUUUCAAGGCAAUUUUUUGUCGAUUAUGCAUAAUGACAAAGAUUUUUCGCUCUUUUUCCUUUUUUUUGUAAAAAUCUUUUCCGCGCUGUGACGUGCUGUUUAUGGGAUUCUAAAUUCAUGAAAAUCGCUUAUCCAUCGAUUAAUUUUUAAUCAUUUAAGACAGUAUUCCGGGGUACUGUACGAUACUGUAGCGUCAAUGUUCACCUGCACAAAGAGCAAGGUCGCCAUGACGAUUUGUGAGUGAAAACGUGACGAAAAAAGAAGAAUUUUUUUUAACUUUCAAGUUAAGAUAUGGAGCCCUAUUUUCCAUGAUCGAAUGCCACACCGGGAGUCUUCCCUGGAAGGGAAUGCCCCGGAAAGAAGCCGGCAAAAAGAAGGAAAAAGUUUCGGAUGUCGAUUUGUGCAAGGUUUUCCGUUAGAAAAACCAAUGGUUAAGUUAUUUUUUUUCAGGGUUGCCCCAAAUCUUUCUUGGAGAUUGCGCAGGCCUUGCGGAAACUCAAGUAUCAGGACACGCCUCCGUAUAAGACUUUUAUGGAGAAAUUGAAGGGCGACAUGCCUCCGAAGCUGAAAAUGUUGGGUUUUAGGAAAUUUGAAAAAAAUUUUUAAAAAAAUGUUCAAUCCAUUUUUUUCAAAAGUUUUGGCAUUAAUUUUAAGAAAUCCACUAUAAAAAAAUAGUUCCUAGAAACUGGAAAUUUCAAAAUUUAACGAAAAAAAGGCGAGAAAAAUAUUUUUUUAAAGAUGCUUUUUUUCUUUUUUUGAUUUUGACUUGUUUAGGUAUCUGAAAAAAAUAUUUUUUUAAAGGUAAAUUCCUUGAAAUUAUUUAUCAGUCCUGCCAGAGUAAGGAAAUUUUUUUAACUUUUUGUUGUUUUUUUCAUGAUUUCUUUUCAUUUUAAAAACUUUAGUUUUUUUGUGUAAAAAUUUUUCAAGGUUAAUCACUUGUUUUGUGGAGAAAAAAAUCAAUUUUUCUGCUAGAUUUUCAGGUUUUUUAAAAUGCGAAAUGAAUUUCCAUAAGCUACAGGAUCAUUAUUAUUUUCAGCCUUGAAAUUUAACCCUUCAACUACGGUUUUGAGCUUUUUUAAAGUUUGUUCAUCCAUUAAAAUCCCUUAUUUUUGAUGCUUUAUUGAUUUAUUUCGCAAAAUCGAGAUAAUUUCAGGACAGACCCAUUUGAAUGGAACAAGGCCAACGCGCUGGGCGAGGCGGAGAACGAGAAAUCGGACCGAGAUCACGCCGAAAGGGCCGAAGUCUGCUUGAUUUUCGAAAUGAUCAUCUCCAGCCUCGUUCAGAAAGACGCCGACCAGUGCACGAUGAACGAGGUGGACGAGUCGGUGGUGACCGAGGACCGCAACACGAACGAAUCGUCGAAAGACCCCGAGGAGUACGGCAAGGAGGACACCCUCGAGGGCCUUUGA